UGCCAUUAUUUUUACCGGCCCCUCACCUUCUUAUUUAGCCAUCUAGAAUCAUCUCACAUCUUCUUCCAUAUAAACCCUCCCAGGGGGAUAUCUCCCAGUCCCAUCUAUAUAUAGCACUUGUGGGCUUAGUACUUGAAUUUACGACGAUGGCGAGGGAUAAUGGAGACGGGCUGGCGGCGAUUGCCGGGCGGAUCGGCGUGCUCGGGUCCAUCGCGCUGAACAUCGCGGCGCUGGCGAUCUACCUCCGUGGCCGCGCCGCCGCCGAGAAGCAGGCCAGCAAGAAGGUGAAGAAGGCGGCGGCUGUGGCGCCGUCCUCCGGCAAGCCGCCCGUCGCGUGUGAUUCGGUCAUCAACUUGGAUCACGGUGAUCCAACGAUGUUUGAGACGUUUUGGCGCGGACCGAUUGGCGAAAGUGCUACGUUGGUGAUUCCAGGGUAUCAAACGAUGAGUUACUUCUCCGACGUCGGCAACCUCUGCUGGUUCCUCGAGCCAGGCUUCGAGCGUGAGGUGCGCCGCCUCCACAGCCUCGUCGGCAACGCCGCCGUCGAGGGCUACCACGUCCUUGUCGGCACCGGGUCCUCGCAGCUCUUCCAGGCCGCACUCUACGCGCUCGCCUUGCCCAUUGCCGACGCGCCAGUCAGCGUCGUAUCAACUACCCCCUUCUACUCCAUGUACCCGCCCUUGACGGACUUCCUCAACUCGGGGCUCUACCGAUGGGCCGGCGACGCCAACGCAUUCGAUGGCAACGACUACAUUGAGGUCAUAUGCUCACCGAACAACCCCGACGGCAGCAUCCGCGAGGCCGUCCUCAAGUCCAAAUCCGGCAAGGACAUCCACGACCUGGCUUACUACUGGCCGCAGUACACUCCCAUCACCCACAUGCUCGCCCAUGACAUCAUGCUCUUCACCGUGUCAAAGUGUACGGGCCACGCCGGCACGAGGAUAGGGUGGGCGUUGGUGAAGGACAAGGAGGUGGCACAGAAAAUGAGCAAGUUCAUGGAGCAAAGCACCAUAGGCGUGUCCAAGGACGCGCAGCUACGCGCCGCCAAGGUACUCGGGGCGGUCACCGAUGGCUACGAGCACCAGCUUGCCGCCGCUGCCGGUGGGGACGCGAACCUCCUCUUCCAUUACGCGCGGCGGAAGAUGGCGCACCGCUGGUGUGCACUCCGUGCUGCCGUAGCAGCCUCCGGCAUCUUUAGCCUCCCCAACGAGGUGGCCGGCUUCUGCACCUUCACCAAGGACACUGUCACCUCUAAUCCUGCAUUCGCAUGGCUGCGCUGUGAGAAGCAAGAAGUGGAAGACCUAGAGAGCUUCUUGCGUGAGAACAAGAUCAUAACCCGCAGCGGGACUAAGUUCGGAGCUGAUCAAAAGGUGGUCAGGAUCAGUAUGGUCGACACUGAUGAAGCAUUCGGCAUAUUCGUCAAUCGCCUUGCCACCAUAAAAUGAGGACACCGGAUAAGUGAAUAAUGUGUUUGUUUCUAUGGCCAGUGAAGGAUGUGUUGUUUCUCUUAGCUUCUCUCCCUGGUUAGGGAUCGAUCGAUGAGUUUUGUUUCCGAAUACCCAGCUUAGUGAUCCAGCUAAAUAAUUUCAUUUUUCUAGGUUUCUUUACUUAUGAAACAACCUGAGAUGCUAUUUAUUCCGAAAGAGAGGUUGGAAAAAAUAACACAGUACAAAUACCGAAAACAGAAUAUGAAUUUUGGAGCCGGGCUCGAAUA